UUCUUUUUCGAAAUGGUGCAUGGUCAGUAGGAGAACCUCCCUUGCUCACCAGGAAUAAACUGACACUUCUUUCCCCAAAAGCAGAAAGGAACUUGUUGGACAUGGAAGAGUAAAACUUCUCCAUCCUGCCUCGUAACUCAUGCUUUAAGGGAGGUUCGGGUGGAUAUUUUUCGAAUGAAUGCUUAUCUUUGAGAAAUUCUUUCUUUGAUCUCCGAAAGCAGCCAUGCGUUAUCUCCUCAUUUUAGGACUCACGGUGCUGUGCAGUUUACAAACCGAGGCUACCUCGAAUCGCUGUGAUGAGCCCCGCACUGUCCGCCACUCCACUCUGUGUACGUCUUGUGCUGCUGCACCUGCUAUCGUCUGCCCACAAGGCUUCAGGAAGACUUCGACUGAUGCUGAGUGCCGCUACACAGUGCAAAUCGGUGAACGCCUUCUGGAGCUGCCUGGUUGUUCUCGCUCCUGCGAGAAAGUCACUCUUAUCAAGCGAUGCUGUCCUAGCUUCUUUGGGUCUCUGUGCUCAGCAUGUCCUAGUGUGUCAGAUAAAAUUUGUAACUGGCAUGGCACCUGCAUGGACGGAGAAUCAGGAAAUGGCACCUGUGUGUGUGAGGAGGGCUACACUGGGUUUGCAUGUCAGAAAUGCUCUAGUGAGAAGAACUACGGUAAUCGCUGCAGCUCAGUGUGUGAUUGUGUGCAUGGAACGUGUAAUUCGGGUCCAGAUGGAGAUGGAAGUUGUUACUGUCAACCCCCGUAUUCUGGACCAAAGUGUGACCAAAUUUCGUCUUCAUGUUCAGACUGCAGUCUCUACUCUUACUGCAAAGGAGAGGGUGCAAGUGCUCAGUGCGAAUGCCUUCCAUCUUUUAAAAAGGUUGGACGCGUCUGUGUAGGGGUUUGCAGCAAGGAUGUUUGUGACAUAAAUGCAGAUUGUUCAUACAAGGGUGCAGGGCAAUUUCAGUGCACUUGCAAAGCUGGCUUUGAGGGAGAUGGCAAAUUCUGCAUCCCGGUCAACCCUUGUUCUCAAAAUAAUGGAGGCUGUCCAACAAACUCCACUGUUUGUGAAGUCACUGGACCAGGCCAGUCAAAAUGUGUGUGUCAGAGUGGGAUGGAAGGAUCAGACCCUCGUACUGGCUGCAGGCUGAAAUCCGCCUGUAAGGAUGGCACAUGCCACAGGACUGCACGUUGUGAAACUGGACAAGAUGGAAUAGCCAGGUGUGUUUGUACUCAGGGACAGAUCAGCGAUGGGUGGCGCUGUUAUGGUGAUAUCAUAGAGCGUGUUUUGGAACUGGAUCAGGAAGGCAGCCAAGCAGGAAAGCUCACCGGAAGCAUUUCAUUGUUUGAACGAGGAUGUAAGCUCAUUCUGAGCAAGCAUGGCCCGUUUACAGCGUUCAUCCCAGUGAAUACAUCACAGCUAUCCAUGGAUAAACUUAACCAGGGGAGAAAUGCAGAAGCCAUCUGCAAACAUCACCUCAUUCUCGGCCAACGUCUUUACAACGAUUUGCAAGGACAAGACUUAUGGACAUAUGGAGGAGAACCUAUGAGAUUUAAAUCAAACAAGAAGUUCAUCUCAAAAAAUGAUCCUGAUACACUGUUGACAAUAAUCAUGAGUGACAUACCUGCAUCCAAUGGAAUUAUUCAUAUAGUGGACAAAGUGUUUACGUUUGCUACCUUAGACACUUCUGACAAUACUGAGUUUUCUUCAAAAACCAUUGGAGACAUUAUUGCAGAAGACAGCAGAUUCAAUCGAUUUGUAUCUCUGCUAGAUAACUGUGGAGCUUCAAUGCCACUCCAAGAUCCAGGGCCAAUUACACUGUUUGUCCCAACCAACAAAGCCAUAGACAGAUCUAGGGAUGGCAGUAUUAUAUACAUGCUAAAGGAUGCGAAGCACAAACUUCAAGAGCUUCUGAGGCACCACAUUUUCUCUCUCGCAGCAGUAACUGUGGACGAGCUGACCAGCAUGACAGAGAUCCAAACUAUGGCAAAUCAGGUCAUAACGAUCAAUAUCACUGGUGAUGGAAGAGUGUUUCUUACUGAAAAUGGAAUACCUCUUGAAAUAAAAGAUAUUGUUGCAUCCAAUGGGAUCAUUCAUAUUAUUGAUGGACUUCUUAUUCCACCAUCUAUUACUCCAAUCAUGCCACAUCGGUGUGAUGCGAAUGUGUCCACUGUCAUUAUGAGUCCAUGUCUAAUGUGCAAGUACAUUACUGAGUCAAAAUGUCCACCUGGGAGCGAAGAAAUGUCUGGCCGUAUGAAGCUAUGUGACCCUAUUCCUGAUCCACGUUGGAAUGACUUUACUAGGGUACAAGGCUGUGCAAAAUUAUGCACAACAAACCGCACGGAGCCCCAGUGCUGCAAGGGUUUUUUCGGUCGUGAUUGUAAACCCUGUAUUGGAGGUUUCCAACACCCAUGUUAUGACAAAGGCACUUGUUCUGAUGGCAUUCAUGGUGAUGGCUCAUGUAAAUGUAACCCAGGCUUUAAGGGCAUUGGUUGCCACAUCUGCUCUGAUCCAAGUAAACAUGGAGAAAACUGUGAUGAAGAUUGCCGCUGUGUUCAUGGCACUUGUGAUAACAGGCCUGGCAGUCAGGGGGUGUGUCGCAGGAACUCCUGUCUGUCUGGAUACACAGGAGACCUUUGUGAUCUCACAGCCGCACUCUGUGAUUCAGAUGGUGCAUCUGAACACUGUCAUAUCCAUGCUCACUGUACACGCAUUGACAACAUAAACACGUGUGUUUGUAAUCCUGGAUAUGAUGGUGAUGGAUACUCCUGUACUGAAGCCAACCUGUGCCUAAACCCUGACAGAGGUGGAUGCCACACAAAUGCCCAGUGUGUGUAUGCAGGCCCUGGAAAUGUGUCGUGUGUGUGUAAUGAGGGAUGGACUGGUGAUGGUGUUGUGUGUGUGGAGAUCAACAACUGUUUAAUGGAAAAUCGUGGGGGGUGUCAUGAACAAGCGGACUGCACCCCCAUUGGACCUGGCCAGAGUGAAUGUGCCUGUAAGAAGGGAUUCAUGGGAGAUGGCAUUAUGUGCCAGAUUGUAAACCCUUGCCUAUCAGACAAUGGAGGCUGUCACGAAAUGGCAGCAUGUUCAUUUAAUAACAGUGGCACACACACAUGUACUUGUCCACAAGAUUAUGAAGGAGAUGGCACCACAUGCUAUGGAAAUAUUCUGAUGGAGCUAGAGGGAAACUCAGAUUUCUACAGUUUCAACCGCUAUCUACAAAGACAUCCAAUAAGCAGUGCUGAGAGCAAUGUGACUGCUUUAGUUCCCUCCAGGGAUGCAUUUAAUAAUCUGACUGAUGCAGAGGAGCAGUUUUGGACUGACUAUUACCGGAUGCCUUACCUCUUGCAAGCUCACUUUUUGGAUGGCAUUUACACCUAUGAUGACUUGAAGAAGCAGGUCAAUAAAACAAUCUCAACUAAAUCCAAGACAAAAUGGAAGAUAACAUUUAAAAACGGGGAGCUUAUGAUUGAUACUGCCACAAUUCUUGUCUCAGACCUCAAGGCGACCAAUGGGUUCAUUCACAUCAUUAAUACAGUUCUGAAACCACCAAUUUCCGACAUCCCUCCUCCUCCCCCUGAUCUGAUGGAGGUCCUCAAUAAGACCCCCUCCUUCAGCCUGUUCAGGGAAGCAGCACUGCUGUACAAUUUAACAGAAAGCAUCAAAACGAGGGACUUCACUGUCUUUGUUCCAUCUGACGCUGCAAUUAAAGAUUACCUGAACAAAACAAAUUCUACUCGUCUGAAUGAAAACAUUGUGAAAUAUCAUGUUAUUCCAAAAGAGCAGCUUUUCCCUGAACAUUUGUCUGAUGGAAUGCUAAAAAAUACACUGCUUGGAAGUGAAUAUCAAGUCAUGAUUCAUUUAAACAGUGAAAAUAAGACGCUCAUUAAUGAUGUAUCUUUGGAUGGGAACUUCACCGAGAUAAGGCAUGGUGUCAUUAUCAGCCUCUCCAGAGUUUUAGUUGUUCACAAAAACUACUGCAACAAAGAAGUACACAUGAAAACCUUUGGAAGGUGUGUUCCAUGUGACUCAGCUCCCAGAUGCACAUUGAGCAGCCAGCCUAUGAAGGAUGCCUUCCCUUUAAAUAUGAAAUCUAACUGUAAAUUCAGAAAAAGAGUGGGAAAAAGGAGAAAAUUAGUGCCAGGUUGCAUGAUGGACUGCAUAAAAACUGUAAAGGAUCAUGACUGCUGCCCAGGAUAUUUUGGACGUGACUGUUUUAAAUGUCCUGGAACUGUGGACAACUGGUGUUCAAACAACGGAAAAUGCCAGGAUGGAGUUUGGGGUACUGGGGAAUGUCUUUGUAAUGAAGGGUUUCAUGGCACAGCGUGUGAAAUGUGCGAGCCUGGAAGAUAUGGCAAAGACUGCAAAUCAGAAUGUCACUGUGAUCACGGAAAAUGUCUGGAUGGCAUAGAAGGUAAUGGCCAGUGCACUUGCUACAAGGGUUGGAAAGGAACAAGCUGUUCUGUAGAGAUCGUUAAUGAUGAAUGUGGAGGCAGAUGUGAUCAAAAUGCCAACUGUAUUUCUCCGGGUUCAGGAAAAAACGCAUCAUGUGCCUGUGUUGCGGGUUACCAUGGAAACGGCACCUUCUGUCAAGAAACUGACGUAUGUGGUAUCAAUAAUGGUGGAUGCUCAGAACAUGCAACAUGCACAAAAAUCUUACCUGGAGAAAGGAGCUGCACAUGUAAAACAGACUACACUGGGGAUGGAACUGUGUGUCUAGAGAUGGAUCCUUGUCUAGUUAAUAACGGAGGAUGUUCUGAAAAUACAGAUUGCAUCAAAACUGGACCAAACACAGCUGCAUGUGUUUGUAAACCAGGCUUUGCUGCACGAAAAAAUUAUUGCAUCCCGAUAAAUCCCUGCUUGAAGGACAAUGGAGGAUGCAGCCCCAAUGCCUUGUGUCAAUACAUUCUUCCUGGUGAGAGGAACUGCACCUGUCGAUAUGGCUACAAAGGAAAUGGUAUUGAGUGUAUGGGUACUGUCAGUAGAGAGCUUCUUCACAAAUCAUCUGCUAAUUGGUUUCGAAGAAAUCUUGCAGAAUCAGGAAUCAGGGAUUUGUACAGUCAAGGGCCAUUCACUGUGUUUGUCCCUCACGCAGAUUACAUUGGAAACUACUCGAUUGGCCUAUGGAAUCGUAAAAAACGCAGCCCAGAUUUGAUGCGAUACCACAUUGUAAGCUGUGAAGAACUCUCUGAAUCAGAACUUAGGUCUAUUACACGUGUGGUCGCUGCUUCUGGGCAUGUGUUGAAUUUCAGCACACGAGAGGGUGCCGUCUACAUUAAUGGUGAUACGAAAAUUAUCAAGAGUGACUAUGAAUGCUUUAAUGGAGUCAUACAUUUCAUAGAUAAAGUCCUCAUCCCGUAUGAAGUAAAAAAUGAAACGGAAGUGGUUAAAGAUAAUCUAAAUAUUACUAGUGCAGCAGAAGCAUAUGGAUAUACCAUGUUUGCCAAGUUGCUACAGAAAGCCAACUUGAUGGAUAUGGUGGAGCAUACCGCAUUUCAACCUUUCACUAUGUUUUGGCCUACUGAUAAAGCAUUCAAUAGUCUGCCCCAGAAGCAGAAGAACUGGCUAUACAGUGCAGAUCAUUCUGACAAGCUGCAGGCCUUCAUAAAAUAUCACAUAAUUCGUGACCUGCGAAAAAUUGCUAUUGCUUUGCCACCAGAAAAAACUUUAAGAACGAUGUAUGGAUCGAGUCUGACAUUCAGUUGCAGCCAAGAUUUAACUGGGGAAAUUUUAAUUAAUGGAAAUGAUGCCAAGAUUAUAGACCGCCAUCUACAAUUUCUUUCCGGAGUAGCCCAUGGGAUUGACAAGGUUCUAGAGCCCCCAGACAUAGGAGCACACUGUGAUAACUUUUCACAAAUAGAGAUUAAAGGUCGCUGUGGGUCUUGUGUCUUUCUACCAGCUUGCCCCUAUGGCACUGUGUUCUCUAACAAAACCAACUUGUGUACUAGACACUGGAGCCCAUACAGACGGCAUUAUUUUUAUGAUGACUAUGAGUUUUCUCAUCUGUCAAACCGUUUUGGUUGUAACCGCUUAUGCACAAAAAUAUCAUGGGUUUCCCAAUGCUGUAAGAACCACUAUGGACGAAACUGUCAAGUCUGCCAUGGAGGCUUGGAGGCACCAUGUGGAAAUCAUGGUGAGUGUGAUGAUGGGAAAUAUGGAACAGGGACUUGUAAAUGUCACUCUGGGUUUAAUGGGACAGCAUGCGAGCUCUGUGAGAAGAAUUAUUAUGGUGCUAACUGUACUGCCUGUGCAUGCGUUAAUGGAAAGUGUGAUGAUGGCAUAGACGGUGAUGGCAGCUGUUUCUGCCAGGAGGGCUGGACAGGAGUGACGUGCAACACUACUGGUGUGAAGUAUGUAUGUUCUCCUCAAUGCCACUCUAAAGCGGUGUGCAUGCCUGAGAAUCAAUGCCAGUGUGAACCACCAUAUGAAGGAAAUGGCUAUAACUGCACAGCUCCAGAUUUGUGUAGUGAAUAUAAUGGAGGCUGCCAUGAUCAGGCUGAUUGCACACAGUCUGAGAUCAAUGUGGUAUGCACUUGUAAACCUGGCUACACUGGCGAUGGUAAUGUCUGCUCUUCAAUCAACCUCUGUGUUGAGGAAGAAAAUGGCGGCUGCAGUGACUUUGCAAACUGCAUAUUCAUUGGACCUAAUGAGCGGCGAUGUGAUUGUCUCCAAGGGUACGUGGGCAAUGGAUUCCAGUGUUUUGAGAAGGUGGUGCCACCUGUCGAUCGCUGUCUGGAGAACAAUGGUGACUGUAAUGCUAAUGCGAUCUGCAAAGACUUGCAUUUUCACACCAAAACAGCAGGGGUCUUUCAUCUGAGAUCAAACGCUGGGAAGUAUAAGAUGAACUACACCACAGCAAAGGAAUCCUGCGAAGCUGAGGGAGCCACACUUGCUACUCUGUCACAGCUCUCUGAUGCCCAACAGUUGGGUAUGCACUUGUGUGUUGCUGGAUGGAUUGAUGGAGAAAAAGUGGGUUAUCCAAUUGUCUAUCCAUCUGUUAAAUGUGGUGGCAAUCAUGUGGGCAUAGUGCAGUACAAGGAUCCAGAAGUCAAAGCUCCUUAUGACGCUUACUGCUACAGCAUUAGAGAAGUAACAUGUGAAUGUGGACCUGGAUAUGUUGGAGAUGGAGAAUUCUGUAAUGGCAAUCUUGCCUCUGUCAUUGCUACCCAUUCAAACUUCUCUGUAUUUUACUCUAUGUUAAUAAAGCAUGCAGAGGCUGCUGAGGAGGGAAAAAAGCUUUUGGAUUUCCUGUCGACCAGUUCAUCCAACAUAACACUUUUUGUGCCACAUAAUGAGGGAUUUUCUAAAAACGAGACACUGUCUUUGAGGGAUAUGGAAUAUCAUGUAUCCUCAAACAACAGCAUCCACUAUUAUGAAGAUCUAAAACACAAUACCGCAAUCCCAUCCCGGCUAGGUUAUGAUCUUAAAGUCAUAAUAGGAACAGACAAUCAAACACAAGUUGAGGAUUCCCUACCAAUAAAAUUGGUCAAUAAAAGAACAAUAUUAAUCUGGAAUAUUCCAGCUACUAACGGCUUGAUCCACAUCAUUGAAGGACCGCUAAGAGCACCUCCUGUCGUUGUGAAUCCUCCUUCACAUGUCCACUCGCAGUCAAGUGCACCCACUGUGACCGCCGUUUUGAUGGUUAUUGUUAUUGGAAGCAUAAUUGCUGGCGUGGCAUAUUAUUUCCUGAAACAUAAGAAUGAUCCCUUUCGCUUCCAGUAUUUUAAGAAUGAUGAUGAAGAUGGUACCUCCACUAAAGCCAGUGGCAAUCCUGCUAUCGUGUCCAUCCCAAACCCUUUAUACAGUGGCUACAGGGCAUUCGCUGAGCCUUUUGGGGAAGGAGAACAAUGUGAAUCACCAGCCUCGGUUGCAGCAAACACACCAAAUCUCCUUGACUGACCCCCAGUCAUUCUGUUUUUUUAAACAAUGUUUCAUUUAAAAUUUUGCUAAGAUUUCUUUAAAAUAUGGUGUCUAAGCCUAAAAUUAUCUCUGUUCAAUCAGUAAAACCUUGCAGAUGAAGAACUAGCGUUACAUUACCUUUGUUGUGUUUAUCCAAAUCGACUUACAUUUGAGGCAUGAUAUAAUUUAAGAACAAAGCUGAGUAGUUGAUGGUUAGUGUUCUUACUUAAAAACAAGACAGAGUUUCUAUCAGUUCUCAAACAGUAACACUGAUUUGUAUCUAAAACCAAAACUUUGCAACUGAUCACCAGCGAUUCAACAGCAUGGAGAUGUGAUUUUGUUAUAAUGGAAAACAAGUUGUAUAUGUUAUUUACAUAACUGUCAAAAAAAUAAAAACCUACUUAAAUUUUAAAAAGAUUAGUUUAAAACAAAAAGAUUAAUUAUUCAGCAGUUCAUUGUAAAAAAACAAACAAAAAAAAAAAACAUUCAGUUUGGAACCAUAAAAAAGUUACAAUGAUAAUAUAAAUGCUAGCCUCUUUUUUUUUAUUCAGAUGUAUAAGCUGCAAAGUUUAUAUUUUGUUUGAUUGUAAUCAUUCACUACAGUGCUGUCUUUGUGCUGUUGAAAUUUCUAAUGAGGCUCACAGAUUAGUUGGUUGUAUGGAUUUCUAUUCCCAACCCACCGAAUUCUAAUGCCAAUCCACAUUGCUAAAAUAUACCAGUCCAUAAAAAAAAAUUUAUAUGAAAGGUGUUUUUUAGACAUAUUAAAAAAUCAUAUAAAAAUAAUAAAAUCAUAUUAUGUAAAAUAUUAUACACAUGAUUACAGAAGAAUGGGUGUAAUCAGAAUUUCACAUGAUUACACACAUUUUUCUGUAAUCAUGUGUAUAAAUAGGAACAUAGACUGCUACAUUGCAUAUGCUUGCCAAAUUUAACACAAACUACUUCAGUGGCUGCAAUGAUUAUUUGCCCAAAUAUAGUACCACUAUUAGCCCAUAAUUAGUAUAAGAACAAAGACCCAUCAAUAUAAUAAUUUUCACCCUCCAUAAUUAGCCAAAAUGUGUUGCUCAGGGUUACUUCUGAGCUAAUCCCACUAGUUUGAUGAUGGUGCAUUUUCGGCAGCUGCUGACUGGCAGUGUUAAUGAUCACCAUUUGGCCAUGUGUUACUUUAUAACACUAACAGAUUGCUGUCUGGAAAACUUGGCUGACCCAAAAUGUCACACUUCAGCUGUAAUUUGAGAGAGCUGGCAGAUUAGUUUGCCUGCUUGCGUAUUCAUUGGCAUAUAUCAGGGUAAGGCUUUGACCUUAUUCACUGUAAAAUGAGAUGUGUACAAAAAUGAAAACAUACUCAGGCAUACUUUGAAUUCUGAUGUAAUUUACAAUGGUAUGUUUGCCAGAGAAUCAUUGUUGGACUCUAAACCAUUAACUGCUACGGUUUGUUCUUGAUAAAGAUUCUGUCUCAUCUCCGAGGUGUUAAGAAUAAAAUCAUCAAAUGGUUAAAAAUGUCUUCAAAAUGUCUCUUAAGCCAAGUAAAAAGAAGGACAACUACAUCGACUCUUUUAUGCUUUUAGAUACAGUGAUUAUCCACAUAAAAUGCUACUGUAAAUGCACUCUGUGAUCACUGAAACCAGUUUAGCCUAUUACAUGUGAAACACAGCUGACAAAUAAAAAGCUUCUCAGUGCAUUACAAUAUAA